GUUUUCGUCGCGGCCAGCUUGUCCGUCGCCAUAGCGACCGUUCCAGGCACGCGGUGCGUUGUCCACUUGGCUCUCGUGGGACCUGACAGCUGAGGACAGGAGCGACGGUAGAGACGAGAUCCUAGCGCUGCCCUGGCACGUCUGGCCUAGCCCUUUUUCACCGGGCUGGGAAGCAACGCGCCUCCCCCCAAAUAAAAAUGCCGAAAAGGUCCGUUGACGCCCGACAGACUUCAAAAGCUUUUCAGUGUGGUCCAGGAGGGGGCAAAGAAAGGACUACUAUCAAUUUGGAUGAGCACCAAAUUGUUAAUGAGAUUUUAGAAAAGCAACUAAAAAUUUGCGGCUACAGGAAUGAUGAAGAAGUUAUAUAUCUAUACCUUGGAGAAAAUGGAUUAAAAGAUGUUCCUCAUUUAUCACGGUUCCGGAAAUUAAGAAAUUUGUGGCUAAACCACAAUAAGAUUCAGUACAUAACUUUCGUGAAAUAUAACUGUUGCUUGACAGAAUUAUAUCUUCAUAAUAAUGAUAUCAGAAAUAUAACAGGUGCUCUGAAAAAUUUACACUCACUGCAGAUCUUGCUGCUUCACAACAAUCAGCUAAAAAAUUUGAAUUUGACUGUGAAAGAACUACAAGGACUGCGAACUUUACAUACCUUAAACCUGUUUAACAAUCCUCUGUCACGAGAAUGCAGAUAUCGCCUAUAUGUAAUAUAUCACAUCCCCUCAGUAACUUUGCUCGACAGAAAAGAAAUAACUAGAAAAGAAAGAGAAUCAGCAUUGCAUAUCUACAAUCAUGAGAAGACUCUUGUCCUUCAGUCCAUAGGAUUUGGGAAAAGAGUAGAUAUACCUUUGUUGCCAAAGGCAGCAUUCAGUCUGACAUCCACAAAAGUCUUGCGCUUGCCUCCAGGUUGCGAGUUUGGAAAUCACUUAGUUAAAAUCCCAUUUGCAAAUCCAGAAGAUGCUGUCUUUGUGCGGGCAAUGAAGCGUGGCAUGGUGGAAUUUUCAACUGUGGAUUGGGGGAAAAUGCCUACCUGUGAAGAAAAACGCCUUGGCAGCAGUCCAGAGAAAAGGCCAGAAAAACUGACCAUUAGAUUCAGAUAAGAGCCUGUUCUUACAGAAAACUCUCUCUUUUAAGAGCUUUUUUUCAAUUGCAUUCCUAUUAAAUGUUCCAAGUGUCAAUUGAAGAUAUUUUAAGGGGGAAAAUAUUAUUUAGUUGUGUUAACACUAAAUGUAGAACACUUUUUAAAAUAAGAGUGAUUCAAGAAUUCAGCGGCCAGGGCAAUAAUGUUACAUGCCUGAUAUAGAUCAGUCUUGGAGUAACAAAGUAUUUUUGAAAAUAAUUAGAAUAUUUUGAAGUGAUAGAGGUUUAAAUACAAAUUUUUGCUACCCAACAAUUGUAACAAUAUUAUAAUUAUAUUGCUUGAAAUAUCUUCAAAGAUAUGAGAUCACUAUUGAAAAGUCUGUCCUUAAUUGCCUUCUAUGUUAAGAAAUACCGUGAACUGGUAGGAGAAAUGGGAGAUAUGAGAUUAGUUAUUUCAUCCCAUUAGACUUUAUCAUAGUAUUUAAAAUAAGUAUUAAUAUCUUUAUUUAUAGGAACAUUGAAAUAAGUCUAAAUAUAAUAUUCAAAUUUCAUUUGCAUUCACAAGUUGUAAAUAAUGCAGUAAGUGAAAAAAUUAUCUGACAUUAAUUUUUGAAAAGUCUGGCAUGUAUGGUUCUCUGAUCAUUAUUGAACUCCAGGGCCAGCUGUUCCAGCUAAUAUAUCCACCAGUGAGACAAAUUAGCAACUUCUGGAUGGCCCUAAAUAUUGGUCAUAAAUUAGUCUAACCAAUAUCAUAUUGUUAUCUUUGUAAGAAACACUAAGUACAUUUUAUUUUACAUAUUAGUUAAAGGCUGAACUAUGAUUUUCUUUGUAACUAUGUUGCAAAGAUUUAGAUGCAGUCUUUAUCAUAAAUACUUUUAAUUUGCUAAUUUAGAAUGACGUCUAUUAGGCAUUCUAACUGGGUAGCAAGUAAGCAGUCUGACAAAUUCUAACCGACUGGGAUGUCUUCUCCUGUUAUAAUAAACUUUUGGAGGCAAAUAUUCAAUCUGACAAUGUUUUGCAUGGAUUAAAAAAUAUAUGGAAACCAGUCAAAAUACUGAACUGUUUAAGGGAUUACUCUACUUAUUCCAGAACAAUUCAGCUUGUCUUGAUUUUGGAUUUGUUAUAAAGUAUUUGUUUCGUGUACAUUCCUAGUACAGACUUGCCAAGUUCAAUAUUUUGCAUUUCAUAUAAGAAAUGAGAGAAAAAAUAUUAUUUGCUAGUCUGGAAAUUAGCUGCAAAUUAAUAUAGAUAAUAAAAGUAGAUGCAACAAUGUUCUGAGUUUUCUAUUUUUUUCCCAAUAAAAAACUUUUAAGUUGUCUUACUGAUUUAUUCUUUAAAAUGUAUAGGAGGUGGGGAGGAAAUAUUGUUAACGAGAUUUUUUUAUUGUUUGUAGAGGUAGUUCUUCAAGCUACAAAAGUUACUUAACAGUUGUUGAAGGUUACAGCAAUCCCCAAAAGCUACCGUACAUAUGACCCUGCUUCAAAGUUACAACUGCUACAGUGCCCCAUCUCCUCCCCCCACUUUCCCCCCACUGUCACUGCACCACUUGGGUCUGCUCCUUAUAUGCCUAUCACACAUCCCACAUUUAUCCUUUGAAGAUCUCUGGAUCUCACAUUGUAGGACACACUCUAUAUCCCUGUAGUGACAUAGCAGUGUCGAUCCAAAUGCAGCUAUUUCGUUCCAACCACUUGAGGGCAGAGCAAAAUAGCAGCCAAGAGACAAAUUGGUUUUGUUGCCUUACAACGAUAUAUCACUGCAGAAGCUUUCUGCAACUUAAAGAAGCUUUCUGCAUCGCUGUGCAGACCUCAUUAAGGUAGCAAAGCAGAAUGGUUUAUCCUACGGCGACAUGGCGCAUUUCUGGAAGCAGUAGCUAAUUCUGGCCUAUAAGUUUCUGAAUGGUGGUGCAAGCCACAUCAGUGAAGUAGAAUGGGUUGCUUUGUCCCUUGGUCGCAUGGCAUGAUUCCAGAAGUGGCUGCUAUGUACACAACAGCUAAACUGCAUUCUGAUGGCUAUAAAUAUCUCUGCCACUUGCAGAAUUGUGUCAUGUGGCCGCAUGAUGAAGUAAUCUGUUCCAGCACUCUAGAAGGCCUUGGACUUUCAAACAGUAAGUGAAGAGGGUGUUUAGUUCGGUGGGGUGGAAAUCAGGUCUAAGGCCUGGGGACACACAGUGGGAAUCAGAGCAGGGGCAGGGGGUGUUGUAUAGGAUGUCUUAGAGAAUGGGAGGCCUUGGUAAGGUCAGAGCAAGCAGACCAGGGCCUAUUCUAUGCCACUAAUGGCUUCCCCGCAUCCGAGGCACCCAUGUCCUAUUUAACUUGGCUGUAUUGGGGAGUAGGUAUGGGGCAUCAUUACAUGAGAUGCCAUUGCAACAUGCAACCAUAACAGACAAGCUCCAUUACAAUUGUAUUUUGAAGACUAUAUGUAUAUGUUAUCAAUCAAUAUAUGGAGAGUAUUGCUAUAACAUUGCUAAUUUCUUUAACUAAGAUUUUAAAGGAAAUUAGCAGCAUUAUUUGCCGUGGACAACAGCAUCCAACAUAAAUAUUUUGAAACCUGUUUCUGGUCCUUUGCAGUAUUUUGGAGUGAUAUACAAAAAUGGUGAUUCAGUAUUUGCCAGGUCAGGGUGUUAGAUUCUUAAUUAAUACAUUUACUUUGGAAUUGGAUGCUAUUAAAGUAUAUCUAUAUUUAAAUAUUGAUAUUUUAAAAGGAAUUACAAUAUCAAUUUAGACAAUUAUUUUAUACAGAUAAAUUACUGAUAAAUUUAUACCAGCCAAAGAUACCCUAAAAUAUGUUUUAGCAAAACUGAGAUUUAAUCUAUCAGAUUUUCAGCUUUAUCAUCUGGUUUUCAUUUCAAUAUAUAUUUUUGUGAAAUGAUCAUUUUUUUUCUGAGUAUUGCCCUCUUUCGACUCAAUUACAUUGUUUACCCCUCUAAAACCUCAGAAAAUUUUAGAAUGAAUGUAUAAUAACAAGGAUUUUCAUUUUUAACCUUAAAGAUUGUUAGACAUAUUUUGUUACUAAUAGGUAAUGGGUGAAAAUUUGACCCAGAACUAUAAAGAAACUGACUUGAACAAGCCAAAUUUGAAGACAAUAGGCGAUAUGUCUAUAUGGACUAGGUGCCUUAGUAGCUUCAGAUAUGAUCUUUAAAAUAAACUGUGCUUAAAGUAAGGUGACCAGACGUCCCGCUUUUGGCGGGACAGUCCCGAUUUUUAGCAAUUUGUCCCGCGUCCUGCGGCGUUUCAAAAAAGUCCCGAUUUUUCAUUCUGCCUCCUGAGUCCCGCUGCCUCUUGAGCCCCAGCUGAUGGCUAGAAGAAAAAAAAAACUGUUUAAACUCUUGCCCGGGGCUUCAAAGGGCCGCCCUACAGGCAAUCAGUGUAAAGAGUUCCUGAAGCUAGCUAAGCUGCAGAAACGAAACCGAAACCAGGAUCUUUGGUGCAACGUGACAAAAUGAGGCAGAGAGAGAUUUAUUUUUAUUUUUAUUUUUCAUCCCCAAAAAAGGUAGGUGAAAAACUGCAAACAAUGGGAAAUUUAGGAGGAGAGUUCAAGAUUUUAAAACACAAAAGAAAAAAAAGCUGUAUUUAACUAGGGAAUUGUAAUAAUUGAGAUACUAUUAAUUGUAUAUUGUGUUGAAAGCAGAAAUGGUUAAGUUGUGGUUCAGAGGAAUAUAUGGGGAAAAUUAUUUGGUUUAUUAUUAUUGGUAAAUAUAAUUAAUUGAUUUGUAAGAAAUUGGAUUGCAUGGAAAUAAUUGGAAUAUUCAUGUUCAUAUUGAUUAAUAUACAAAAAAGAUAGUUUUAUAACUAAUUGAUUUAUAUUAAAAUGUUGAAUUUGUAUUAAACAACUGUAUUACAUAAUUACAUAAUUAAACAAUGUGAGGAUGGAUAUAAAAAUAGAUGGCAAUGGGAAGGGGUAUAAUAUAGAAUAGAAGGAAAAAAUUUAAUUUGAUUAAGAUUAGAGAUGAGGAUGAAGGGUAAUACUGGUUUUUUUAAAAAAAUAGAUGAGGAAUAAAUAUGGCAAAAAGGAAAUAUAGAAAUUGUAAAUUUAAUUGAAGUGACUAAACACUGUUUAAAUUUGUGAACCGGCCAAAUACUCUGUUCAAAGAAAAUAAAUUGUAUGUUUGUA